CAGGAAGUCGGCAGCAGGUGCCACAGGAAGUGUGUGCGGUUCAUCCUUUGCCUGCAGAAUAAGGGGGAGCUAACGAUUGUCUGAUAUCUUCAGCUGAGAUGAGCACUGCGGUACCCAACCAUCGGAGGACCAAGCCCGGUGGGAUAAAGACCGGGGUUGUGACCAGCGGCGUGACUGGGCCGACCUCCCAGAUCCCCGGUCUGUCCCAGACUGCAGAUGAAACGUCUCCGGUGGAGAGGAUCAGCGGACGGCGAGUUGGGAUCUUUGAGUCAGACUCGGAGUAUGUCAAGCUGGCGAAGGGAGGAGGGCACAAAGGGCUGUUGAGUCAUGAUGCUGAUUCUGAUGACCAACCCAGGAAGCCGUACAACCCACCCAACUGGUUCGGAGGUGAUGAGUCAAAGAGCGGAAGCAAAGUGGUGUCUCCUGAUGGCGUGACGAAGGCGGCCAUGCGGCCUCUGAACGCCCCGUUUGGCACUGAUAACUGUUCGUCCUGGGAAAGAGACGAUAGAGUUUCCCCCUCUAAUGAGAAGAUGUCUCCUGAUGGCGUCGCCAGUCAGCUUGAGGGUCUCGCUGUGACCAACAAAUACAAGAGAACGUCUUAUGAGAAGAAGGCUCCUCCAGUCAGCAUGUCCAAGCUGCUGAGUCAUGGCUACGUUGAGGAGAAGAAGAAGUCUCCCACUGACGACGAUGCCUCAAGUGUGACCUCAGAUCAGACCAGCACCGUCGCGACGGAGGAUGUGGACGACCUGGAGUAGAGUGCACAGGUGCUGGUCUUGAGGGAAAGGGGGUCAUCCUAACACUGGUUCAUGGUUUCCACAAGAUCCACGAACACACCACUCCGCCCCUCUCGGAUUCACUCGCGUUUAUUGUACAUCCACUGACUGUUAGGUUUUGUACUCAUGUUUAUGCAACGGUACUGUCCUCUCUAUUUAUUUGCUUUGAUUUGUAAAGAAGAAUCCACACAGAUUUUGUUGAGUAGACGUGUCGGUGCUCGCGGUAUCCUUUAUUUCUGUAUUGUCGUUUCUCGAUUUGAAAGACGAGUUGUGCACGGGGCAGGAAACUAACUCUGUUUGGAUGCAAACUGGAGACCUGUUAGUUUCCCUCCCUGGUUGUAUGAAGAUCGAGGUAGUGAAUUUAAAGUGUUUGUGCUUAAUGAAAUGUGGUUCCAGUGACGUGAAAUAUUAUUUGUUUCAAUUAAGGGCUCCUGCUCUCUGAAGGGAAUUUGGAGGUCUGUGUGUUUUCAGUUGUGGGGGUGGAAACGAUCAUUCGUAGAGACAGCCACCCUGCAGCUGUGACCACAUGCCAAAGUGCAUACUGAUGGCCACGGCCGCCAGAAAGGGCCAACAAGGAUUUUUUUUUAGGUUGAUGCUCUGCGAAAGGUUGCUCUUCCCUCCUGUCCCCUCCGUAAUUGGCUCCCUAAAAUCGAGAAACAUCCCUCUUUUACUGUACAAGCAUUCUUGUGCGAUAAUCAGGAUAAAAGCCCAUUCACAAGCCUGAUAUUAAAGAACUAAAUUAACUCAUGGGAUGUUUACAAGUCUCCAGAAGAUUUGAAUACUAUCAGGUGCUGCAAGAUCAAUUUUGUUGUCACUGUUUAUUAGGAAGCUCACCAGGAAAUCGGUGCCAAGUGUUUGAUGCCAGUCCAAAUGUGUCAGAAGCUUGCCAAUGAUAGAACUGAACUGGGUUUAUUCUGCAUGCUAAAGCCGUUCAGUGUUAUCUUAUUGCAUUCUCACUCAGCCUAAUAAACCCCAAACUCAUGCAGCAACAGAUAAAGCAUUCUGGGACAUUUUAGGAGGGGGGGGGCGGCCACCUUCAGCAGACUGCCAAGCUGAAAGUCAAGUCCAGCGUAAUUCCCUGUGAAGAUUAACGCAGACGAGUUUUUAAAAAGUGAGUUCUGAACGUGCCAACCAAGCAGUUUUUCCCUGCUCACGCAGUGUUUUGACUUUGUAGACAUCAGUAGGAGAAGUUAGUGUUAGUGCACUGCCUGAUCACACCGAACCCUCCAACUCAUGACGUGUUUACCCAGCGGAUGGGAGUUUAUUCUGCUCAGAUGAGAGACGUGGUUACUGCUGCAACAUUUUUGUGCCAGAAAACUUUACUGUCACAGACCUUUAGUCCUAUACAUAGGAACAAGAGCUUGCCACGAGGUUUUGCCUGACGUCUACCAAGACAUUCUUAUAUUUUACUCAGUGAAAUAAUCUUACCUAUUUUAAAAGUUCAUUUUAUGUGCGUAAAUUCCUUAAUACUUCCAGUAGCAAUUGAGAAAUGUGGAAUUAACAACCACCAAAUUGACUGAAAUAGAAACAUGUAUUAUCAUGUGUCGUUAUUUGCUGAUUCACACUGUUUCCUUGUCUCUAGACCCCAGUCGUCAUGUCAGCAUCGCGCUCGCGUGAUGUCAGCGUUCACACAACACUGAAGCCGCUGUCUAUAGUGUCAGUCAUCAGAAGAGCAGCCAAGCUUUCAGUCCAGUGUGCAAUUUUUCACCCUUUAGGUCACAGCUUUCUUCGAGCCCCGACCGAUGGCUGUCCCUAAUUAUUUUGACACUGGAUAAGGAUCUCACACCAGACAUAAUCCUGUUGGCUCUGAUAAAGAUUGAGAAGAUGACGAGAUCAAAAGAACUUUAUUUGUAUACCACUUUUUAAAACGCUUAACACAUUGAGAUCAGGAUAACACAAUGCAGAAUCAAAAAAUGAAAAGCGUCAUCAGGGUUGGAAAUUAACUUUUCUUCUACCAGCCACUCAGUAGAUUGUUUUUUUUUUUGUCUGGUGCGUAAAGCAAAACUAGUAGCUACUUGCACACUCUACCAGCAUUCAGCGUUUGUGUAUAUUGUCAAAAUAUAGAUGUGAGCGUGCACAGAAAAACACUAAAUCCAGUUUACUAAAAAAGGCCUUUUAAGACAUUCAAAGUCAUAAAUUUGCCUUGCCUUUUGUCGGCAGUAAAAUCAGAAAAUAUUUCUGUAUCUGUUUGUGUCGGAACAUUUUUUUUGACACCUACAAACUGAAAGUGUGAUUGAUUUGACAGGAUGUUCAUUCCUUUUUUUGAGGAGCUGUAGAAAACACUAGCCCCUUUUACACUGCCUGUUCAAGGCGGGAACAUCGUGCUGUUAUGCCGCCUCGCCGUUCUAUAUACAAGGUAUGACAGUGCAAAGAGGGGGGGACAGAGUUUUGUCGCCUUUAAGUCGCCACGGGAGGUAGUAUGAGCGCCGAAGUGAUGUCUGUAUAAACAGGACAGCCUGCAAGAUGGGUUCAAGGGCAGCACGGGUGUGACAUUUUGACGAUGUGUUCGCUGUGCGGCCCACCUAGAGAUUUAAAAAGUUGCUGUUAGCAGUUAGAAGCUAACUCAAAGAAGAACAGCGGCUGUAAAUUGGGAAGACAGUAAGAUUCGGGAGCUCCUUACCCUCUGAGCAGAGGACGAGAUCAGGCGCCAAUAACCAACACAUUCUCACUCCAGCCUCGUCACAUGUCAACAUUUGGUCAUGGACUUUCCAUGUCCAGAUAGAAUGUGAAAGGGUGUGUUGGUUGUUGACGUUCUGGGACUCCAUGUGCAGUUCAGCCUGUUACAUGCAUUGUCUUCUUUCAAAAUCAGCGCACUACAUCAGCAAAACACUUCACUUCAACAACUACGGUUGGGUUUGACCCAUUCACCACCCCUCCUGCCCACCCUACUCGGACGUUCGUCGCCUUAACUUUCGUUCGUGACAAUGGUAAAGAACAGCUUUUUCGUCAGUGUCUGACACUCAUGGGUUACAUGUCACUCCCAUCAUGUGUCUUUUGAGUGACGUAAUGCCGCUGUCGUUUGAUUCUGUGUAAAAAUGCAAAGGAGGCGUGAAGAAGGACUUCGUAGCGGCGUGUUGUGUGAUCUCUGUGUAGAAAGGGCUACUGUCACUUUCCCUAGCUACAGGAACUAGGGAAGCUCAUCGUCUCAUAAUGGGCAAAUGUCAAUUUUAGCAAGAACUUAAUUAAGCUCAGUUACUAAUCGGUCAAUAUAUCAGUUGUCUGUGUCUAGGUUGCAUUAAUUUAAUUGGUUAUGUCAUUAGGAUUUAUUGUUAUAUACUGCUGGGAACCACUGAAAAGAUUUCUAGGCCACAUUGUCCCAACUAAAACGGGUAUUAAAUUCCAAUUUAUGUGGUGAUAACAAGGUCUUAAAACAUCUUAAAUUUAACUAGGAGAACUGUGGAGCAACACAGACAAAAGAAAUGUGGCAUGAGGGUUUAGUUUGGACGGUGCUCACACAGUUGGCCUCCUAAACCCCAGCAGACAAUAGAAACGACUCCACCUCUUCGUCCUCUGUUUGUUUGCAGAAUUAGUUUGACUGUCAGGAUGUCUCAAAACCAGGUAAUGGAUUUCUGUGACACUUGAUGGACAGUUCAGCCUUAAGUCAUUUAACAGUUCUAAUUUCUUAGCCGUGAGCGUGAACCUGACGGUGACAGUAAAAUCCUAAUCCUACAGGGACAUUUGUCGGGCGGAGAAAAUGCUCUUAAAAAUGAAAAGGACAGGAAUGAUUUAUUUGGGUGUAACGGCGAGAUUAAAGCUCCGAGUUUGUCCUAGUAAAUCCAACACAUUCAUCACCUGCGUCUCAGAAAUGAUGCAGCAGCAGCAGACUCUCAUUGGAAAAGAAUUUACUCUUACAAGAGAUGUGUCAUGUUCAACACAGGUUUAGGCUUGUCACUUUUUUUUCCAGCACAAUAUAUUUAAGCAAUGAUGCAUUAUUUAUCUGUUACGUGGUAUUAAAAAGUGUUGUUCCGAAAACUGGAUUUUAUUUUGCAGUAGACAGAAUAGCGAAUGUAUCAUCUUUUUGUUUUUGCUUCAAAUGACGGGUUUAUUUUUAUGAUAAAUAUUCAGGGUACAGUAUUUACAGUUAAAAAUAGUGUUUCGUCAAGUUGCAUCCUCCUCUCCCAGUGCGAGUUGGUGACAUAUCCGUUUACAAACAAAUAGCGGGAACCUUUAGUGGCUUAACUUUGCAAAAGUCCUCCCUGCGGUCUUGUCAUCUUGCUUUUUGAUCUGCAAGUGGUAUGCGUUCAUUUUUACAUGCGAGUGUACCAGAAGAGACUGAAGAAGGCAGCUUUUCAACAGAAGAUCCCUCAAGUGUUUGUGUUGUGAGGAGAAAUCCACCUGACACGACUCAAUGUAACGACCCCGCUUAUCUUGAUGACUGCACACAGACUCUUAAUUAUCAUUUCAAUAAAUGGGCAUGUGCAUGUA